AUGGCUUUUUUAUUCAAGAAAAAUAGAGCUGGCUCUAAUCCGCUGAAUAGAUCUACUACUUAUAAGAGCUCUGGAUCCUUGAGGGAAUCUCCUCCUUCUAGUCAGGAAGCUGAUUUAGAAACCAGUAGCAUUUCUUCUUCAGAAAUGAAGAAAACCCACCCUUCAAAUGGCUCUAGUUUCACGGUUUCUCCUUGGUCGAAGUUGACUAUUCGCGGGUCUUCACAUGUAUUGCCCCGGUAUUCGCAUUCUUCUCAUCCUUUUGCUGAAGGGGGGCAGGAAGUGUAUAUAUUUGGAGGGAUUUCCUCUAACUCUGAAGCAAAAAAUGAUCUAUGGGUUUUAAACCUUGCUACGAGUCAGUUUUCAAACUUGCGUAGUACUGGCCAAGUUCCGUCUGCAAGGCUUGGCCAUGCUUCAGUCCUUGCUGGAAAUGCUUUUAUCGUUUUUGGUGGUCUUACGAACAAGGAGUACAUAGAUCACCAAGACAACACCCUCUAUUUAUUGAACACUUCAUCCUUACGUUGGCAGAAAGCCUCGGCGUCUGGGGCCCGUCCAUCUGGGCGCUAUGGUCAUACGCUUAGCAUUUUAGGUUCCAAGGUUUGGCUUUUUGGUGGCCGUUUACUUGACUAUUAUUUUAAUGAUCUUGUUUUUUUUGAUCUGAACAAAUUGAAUACCCAAGAAUCCAGAUGGGAAUUAGCAUCUGUUGUUAAUGAUCCUCCUCCUGCUCGUGCUGGUCAUGUCGCUAUAACUUAUUCUGAUAAAUUAUACAUAAUCGGUGGUACCGAUGGCCAGACCUAUUUCAAUGAUCUUUGGUGUUUUCAUCCAAAACAAAGUGCUUGGUCAAAAGUAGAGGCUUUCGGCCAUCCCCCUCCGCCACGAGCAGGGCAUUCAGCUUCGAUUAUAGAUGAUGUCGUGUAUGUAUUUGGAGGAAGAUCAUCCGACGGUUCCUUUUUAAAUGAUCUAUAUGCUCUCAAAAUCUCUACUAAGCAAUGGUAUAGGUUGCUUGACUUACCAUUUGCGCCAUCUCCUCGCUCUUCUCAUACGCUAACGUCUACCGGCCUAACUUUGGUUCUAAUCGGCGGCAAACAAACGAAAGAUGUCACAGAUUCCAAUGUGUAUAUGCUAGAUGUCACUAGGUUUCGUCUAAGUAAAGUACUUCCCAGCUCGAGUCGCCAGAGAAAUGCAUCAUUCUUUACCGGGUUAAAUGGCAACAAUAGUCAGCCCUCUCGAAUACCGUCCCUAACAAAUACAAAGAUAUCUCGCAUCCCAGCAGCUGCCAAUCAGUCUACUAUUACUAAUAAUUCCAUGAAUCCCAAAGCUCCUGUUGGGCGUUCUCCUUCAUUUAAGAAUAAUCAGAGUUCCGCAGAUGCUUCGUAUGGUCCAACGAAAUUGAAUCCCUCGUCUACUAUGGAUCCUAAAAAUACUGACAAUAGAGCAAGUGAAGAUGAUGUGUCAGUUUCUAGCCAGUUCAAUAAGUUAAAGUUAGAAGCUGAAAUGCCAGUGGAAUCACCAUCGUCAGUAACACCCUCCCUAUAUUCGUUAGAUACGACAAUAAACCAUAGAGACAGCCUACAUGAAAUGGGUAAUGAUUUAACAGAAAAGUCAGUGAAUUCAGUCUCCCUAAAUUCAGAAACUGCUGACUCUCAGCUGCUGGACCAUAAGGAGAUGGACACCGAUGAUGCGAUGUCGAAUAUGAAUGUUGAACGUAAAACAAAGAGAUCGCAAAACAACAACGAUUUUGGUAUUUUCGCGGAGCAAUGUGCAGCUUUGACGAAAGAACAACUCGUCAAUUGGUUCAAACAAAAGAUUUAUGAAGUUUUAAAUGAAUCCACUAUAAAAAUUGAGACUUUGAACGAGAAAAUCAAAAUUUCAAAUGCUGAGAAAAACGCAGCCCUCUGCGAAGCAGCUUUGUCUAAAGUCAAUCCUAAUAAUAAACAGGAUGAGCCCAGCAAGUUUCUAUUGUCUGAAAAAAACAACAUUCAAAAAGUCAGUAGCGCUCAUAUAAUGCAGGAGAAUGUAAGCUUGCAUAAGACGCUGGAAGUCAUGCGGGAAACUUCUACAGAAUUAAGUCAGCAAAUGGACGAUCUAAGUUCAUCUAAAAAAGUCCUUUUAAAAGGAUUGAAUGACUUGGAGAAAGAAAUUUCUGAAGAAAAGGACAAGCACCAUGCUGCCUCAUUACAAUUGUUAGAACUCGAGUCCGUCUAUCGCGAUCGUGAGUCUUUGGUAAGAAGUCUGGAAGAGCAAUUGGUAGACCAAACAAUGCUUGUUAAUAAUUUCGCUUCUGAAAGAGAUUAUUAUAAGGAACGAUCUGCCGGAUUUGAAGAUACCAUUAGAGAUUUGGUACAAAGACUAGAAGCUACCGAUAUGCUGAAUAUUUCUUUACAUGAAUCCUUAAGCAAUGUGCAGACGGAGAAUUCUCAAUUAGUUGCGGAAGUAGCACUUUUGAAAUCGGAGCUUACUAAGAAACAAGCUAUCAUUGAUUCCAAUACUAAUAUAUACUCCAAGUUGGAUGUUGAUAGGACUACCUAUGAGCGGAAUUCAACUAUGGCAAACGCUAAUUUGACAUCGACUUUGGACAGUCUUUUGGAAAGUGAAUCCUAUAACCGUAACUUACAAGUGGAGGGUCUACGCCAACAGUUAAGAAUCAACAAUGCUAAAUUAGAAAAACGGGAAAAGCUGAUUAAUGCUAGUAAAUACAUUGAAGAUGGCUUAAGAUCAGAGCUGCGUGAAGCUUCUGAAAAAAUUAAUGCAUUGGAUUACCAUACGAUAAGCCUAAAAGAGGAGAAUGGGCAUAUGCAAGUUCAGCUAAUGAACGCUUUAGAGCAAAGGAACAACGGUGCUAAGCAACUAGUGAACUUGCGUAUGCAGUUAGCUAAUACGGCAUCUGAGCUAGAUGUGGUAAAGCUGAAAAUACAAGCCACGGUUGCUGCGUUGGAGGAAUCGAAAGAUGCUAACCCUGAGGCACUUUCAAUAUUACGAGGUGACUCCUUUCAAUUACAUGAGCUGUUCAAACAAACUUGUAGUUUUGUUGAUUCUUUCUCUUUGGUUAAACGUUGUUUUGCCGAAUUUGAUAAUAACUUUCAGAAAUAUGUGGAAACUUCUCAGUUGAUGAAUAACAAUGAUACUGAAGAUGAAUCUGUGAGAUCUAAUGAAGCUGGUCAUGAGGUCCACAUGGCUAAUAUAUCGUCAGCUCUUAAUGCCGUUACGGAUGCUAUACGCUCUUUGGAGGAAAAAUUCAGCCACCUAUUUCAACACGCGACUUCAAAUUCAGAAUUGGAGCGAUCCGAUGAGAUCAAAAAAAUAAAAGAACAGACUAACUUCAUUAAGGUUCUUCUUCGAAGUCAAACCGAUGAGUUAGCACGAAUUCAAUAG